AUGGAGACGGCGAACCGGGCUGUGGCGGAAAAGCAGAUGGAGGUGAAGACGACGGAGAUGGAGGCAGCACUGGCCGAGGCGGAUGCUGGGCUGCGGCAUGGGCUCGAGUCGCCGGUGACGGUGGUGGCGAGGGCGGGCGAUGGCCGGCUGGAGGCUGUGCCGUAUCCCGAGGCUGCGCUGGAAGAGGUGGAGGCGCUGGCGCUGGCGGUCAAGGCUGCGGCGCACGAGCUGGCGCUGGGCGGUGGCAGUCUGGCGGGCGAGUAUCUCAAGGCGCGUGCGGACGCGCUGCUGAGUAACCACUACCGGGUCUCGGAGGAGAUGUGGAUGGAGUGGAUGGCGAGCGGAGUGACGGCUGGCGCACCACUGGUUGUCGCGCUCGGCCCGUACGUGACCAGGGCCGAGAUGGGCGGCGGGGUGUGCAAGACGGCAUGGCUGUGCGCCACGGGCGUGUACGAUGCAGCAGCGACUCGGAUCGUGGUGGGUGCUCUCGACGGCUGGUCAGCGCUCAACGCCGAGCUGCCGGGCGUGGAGGCUGGCGCGGCGCUGCUCCGACUCCCGCAGGUCUGCAUCCGUGUGGUCAACGUGGUCAUGCUCGCCGGCCUCGAUCCAAGAGCGCCGCCGCCGCUGGCGCUCAACCUGCCAUGCGAGGCCGUGGUGCGAUCGACGCGCGGCGCGGUGGCGCUGGUUUUGGGCAAUGUGGCGGCGGCGGUGCAUGCACGGGUGGCAGCGCCGCUGGCGGCGCUGAUUGCCGAGCCAGGACUCCCGCAGCCAAAGCUCGACGACUUGGUGUACUUGGUGGCGGCGCGGCAGGUUGCGUACGCUCUCGGCCCGGCGGUGCUGGUUGUAGACGAGCACUCGCUCGAGUCUGUCGAGGGCGCACUCGGCGAGUCGGCGCUGGUGCUGGAAGAGCUGAAGGGCCUGCUGCUCGGCCUGUACGUGGCACGCCAGCAUGCGCCGCGGACCCGGUGGGCCUCGCUCGUCGCCACCUUUGUCAUCAACACGCUGCGGUCGCUGCGGCUGCUGCUUGCGGACGGAGACGCGGGAGCGAGCGCCGCGGCGCACACAGCCGUCCUUGGCUGGCUGUUCCGGGUGCAGGCGCUCUCGGUGGUGAGUGGUCUGGCACCAGACAGCAAGAAGGCAAGCUCUGGCGAAGAAACGAGCGAGGUUGUGGUUGUGGCGCACGCGCAGAUUCUUCGGGCGCCGGCAUCGCGCAAGUGGAUCUCGUGGGACGCUGCCGUUUUUGGCGAGCGGCUGGCUGGUGGGGUCGGGCUUGUGCUUGGGCUGAUUAGCGCCGGCGACGCGGCGGCGGCGAGCGAGUGGAUCAGCUUGCUCUCAGGCGAGUAUGAGUCGCAGGCUGCCAAGGUAGAGGCGGUGUUGAGCCAGAACGCGGUAGCCCGCAGCGUUCCGGUCUCGAUCACGCUCGCGGGGUAUGAGGCAGGAGCAGCGGCCGAUGUUUAAGCGAAGUCUAGAACGGACGGCGACGAAAGAUGACGAUGGAGAGAACAGCGGCGAGCUCUGCCAGCAGCGGGAUGAGCACGGUGAGAAUGAAGAUGUACCAGAGGGUGUGGACGUGCCACUCGUUGGCAAUAAAGAAGACAACAGUGA